ACGUAGUUCCUUCGAAGCGAGCCACGACUCCGUUCGUUGGUUGAUCGUCAGUACGGUAGAGAAGCCGACAUCGGUUGGUCCGUGGAUGUCCGGUGUUUCGGUGCGUGGUUCGUUUAUUUCCAUGGUGGAUAUUGUUGGCCGGUGCGUGUCGCGGUGAAGAUCGUUACGAGAAUCAAGGUGUGCCUUGAACCGUCAUCGGCUUCCAGCGCAAGUCGGAACUCCGGUGAAAGAGGCCUCAACUCUAUGCCCCAAGAGCCUAAGCCGGCUUUACCUUUCGCAUUCUUACCCGUCCCGGCGUGCUUCUAACAAGGGUCUACUGUUGUUUGCUUUGGACUAUAGCUACCUACACCCUUGAGACGCCCGAUUCAAUAGCGCCGGAAGAAAAACGCGACGAUCAUGGAUUCGAGUACGAGGAACUGGGACUAUGAGUCGUAAAUCGACAACCGAAGAUACGGAUUCUCGUAGAUUGGAACAGAACCGACAAGGGAAGGACGAAGACGAGGAAACGCGGUUACAGCAGCCCAAAUGCAGGCAAUCAACAAGUCCACUUGCAACACGUGAAGGAGUGCCAGUCGCCGAGAGAAGAGUGACUUUGUUUUUACCGCGGUGGUAAUCAGUGAUUCGAAUUCGGAUCCCCUCAAAUUGAAAAUCGAAAUGGCGCCAGGCGGUGAGAGAGUCCCGUCAACGACGUGCACAACGGAAGCGGAAGUCGAACUGCCCGACAAGAACAUGAACACGAAAUGUCCUGGGGACGUUCAGAACGGAUCGUUGAAAAACGGGGAAGAACACGACUCCCAAAGAACCACGGAUGUUUACGUCCCGAGGAUUAAAUGGCCCGAUCUCUUCGUUCAGAUAUUCGUUCACGGAGGAUGCCUCUAUGGACUCUACCUCAUCUUCACCGAGGCGAAACUUUUAUCAGCUUUAUGGGCAUUCGUCACGAUCUACACUUCGGGCUUUGGCAUCACAGCAGGAGCGCACAGAUUGUGGUCACACAGAGCAUACAAGGCCAAAUGGCCGCUACGUCUCCUCCUCGUUCUUCUAUUCACGAUCACCGGACAAAGACACGUUUAUGCCUGGGCGUUGGAUCACAGAGUGCAUCACAAGUACAGCGAGACUGAUGCCGAUCCUCACAAUGCGAAACGGGGCUUCUUCUUCGCCCACGUUGGAUGGCUUUUUACAACUCCACAUCCCGAGGUAGUCGCGAAACGAGACGCGGUCGACAUGAGCGAUCUUGAGGCAGACCCGAUCGUCAUGUGGCAAAAGCGGUUAUACGUGCCGCUGUUCGCCCUCCUGUCAAUUGGAUUUCCGGUCGCCGUCCCGUAUUACUUCUGGGACGAAUCCCUGUGGAUAUCGUUCUGGGUGAACUUCAAUUUUCGGUUCUGCGUAACCCUGAACAUCGCCUUCUUCGUGAACAGCGUUGCUCACAUGUGGGGCCAGAAGCCUUACGACAAGAACAUAUCUCCGGUGGAAAACAUCGCCGUGUCGAUAGCCGCGUUGGGCGAAGGAUGGCACAACUACCACCACGUGUUUCCGUGGGAUUAUAAGACUGGUGAAUUGGGAAGCUACUCGUUCAACAUAACGACGGGCUUCAUAGACACGUUUGCCAAGCUCGGUUGGGCCUACGACCGAAAAUACGUCUCGGCGGAAAUGGUCAGGAGGCGAGCCAAUCGCAGCGGUGACGGAAGCCACAUUUGGGGCUACGGGGACACCGACAUCCCUCCGGAGGAUCUCAGGGAGUUGGAAGUUAUGGACCGCAAGUCGGUGUAGAUUGCAUUCGAUGCUGCGAUCAGAUCGGGACCAGAUGCUGCAGCCUGUCCCGGCGAAUCACGAUCAAAAUACUUGCAACAACGUCAGUUUACACCUUCCCCGAACAAUCCUAUACGUUACAUAUACGCAUAUAUAAAUAUACACAAAAUACGCGAAACCGGCCAACGUUCGAAAAAUAACGUGAAUCUGCGGAGAGCAACUGCAGCAGGAAUAUAUUAUGAUAAUUAAUGAUAUGUCAGUGAUGUUUACGCGACGGAGUUACGUACAUAAUUUCACUUAUUUAUUUAUCGAUAUGUUGUUGUUUUUUUUUUCCAUUCGAAUACAUACGCAUAUAAGUAUAUGAAAUAACGUCGUUUAUUCUCUACUUUAAAACGUGAAAAUCUCACAAAUGCGCAUACGUAAAAGUAUUGAAUCUUCUGUCACGUCGUAAUGUUUAAUUACAAUACGUUGCGGUACGAAUGCAUUCAAUAAUUCUACGUUCAUUGUAAAUCGUCCAAGUAUUACGUUGAUUCGACAGAGACGAAAGAAUUCCGCAAAAUAAAUAUAAGACAUGCAUUCUGUACGUCUAUACUUAACGAGCACAGGAGGCAACUAAAAAGCGACUUGAAUGUGACGAAAGAAAUGCUUUUGUUGCAAAAAAAAAAACCAUAUAUACAUA